GGAAAACCGGAAGUUGUAAAUUCAAGAUGUCUGCGCCCAUGAAAUAAACACAUGCCUUCGGACUUGAGUCGAUAAUAUACUACGAACAGUCGAACUGCGACCGAUUUACCAAAAUGGGAAAGAAGCACAAGAAACUAACAAAAGUAACUGACAAUGAAGACAAUAUUCAAGCUAUGUCGGCUCCAACCAAGGAGGAAAUAAUCCCCUUUAUCAACCCUGUGAGGAAACGCAAGGAUGAAAGAAAAGAAAAGAGGCAGCUGAAAAAGGCAAAACGUUUAGCAUUCAGUCAAAGGAAAGAAAUGCCGACUAUAUCCAGACAAGAAGCUGAGAGGAGAGCAGCUGCUGCUGUGGAAAAGAAACAGGCAAAGAGGAGAGAGAAGAGGGCAAGGGUCAUCAAAAGGAAGAUUGAGGCCAGGAAACAGAAGAAGGAAGACAUGCAGGAGAAGAAGCUAGAGUUACAAGCACAGAAACUUGCCAUAGCAAAAGAGGAACGAGAAAUGCGGGAUCUAGAGAAGAAACUGAAAAUGAAGAAAUCUCGAACAUCACUGCCACAAUCCUUCGUCAAUGAUGGCUUGGACUACUUGUUUGAAGCCCUUGACUCCUUUGGCAAGGAUAGCGUGGCUGACCUUGAUUCGGGUCAAGGGUCAGGGUCAGAGCUGGGUGAUUUGGAUGAGGAUAUUCCCAGUGGUUCUGAAGAUGAAGAAUCUGACGAAAAUGAUCUGAUUGAUGACAGUGACAUGGAUGAUGAUGAUGAUGACGUCAAUGGCGAUGAUGGAAAAAAUAUUGAGGUUGUAAUGAACGAAAAUGAACCAAAACCGAAGUCUAUUCUGAAGGAGAAAAAUUUAAGACAAGGCCAGCAUGAAGCAAGGACGUUGAAAUGGCAAGGAAGUGACUCUGAAGACAGUGAUAGUAGUGAGGAAGAUGGUGGGCAUAACAUUCAAAGUUCAAAAAGGAAAAAAGAUGAGGAAUCAGACUCAGGUGAUGAACAAACUGAAGUGAGUAAAACUUCUAAAAGGAAAAGGCAAAAAGUUGAUAAUAUGAAAGGUAAAGAAGUCUUAAAGAAACAAAACAAUGACAAGGAAAAGUCAGAAGUACACACAAGGACAUCUAAGAAAACUGAUAAAGUGAACUUUGAGGACAACGAAUCUGAAAGUGGUGGAUGUGACAGUGAUGAUGAUAGUGAUGAUGAUGAUGAUGAUGAUGAUGAAGAAGAUGACACUGGUGUUGAUGAUAGCGAGGGUGAUGAUGAUGUUGAUGAGGACAAUGAUGUUGAUAAUGAUAGUGAGGGUGAUGAGGAUAGUGAUGAUGAUAAAAAUGAUGAUAAAAAUGGUGAUGAAGAUGCAGCCACCUUACGUGAAGACAUCUAUGGACGAACUAUAGACAAGGAUGGCAAUGUGGUUAAAUCUAGUGUAUCAGGAUCUUACAUCCCGCCAGCAAAACGCGCCAUGUUGGAAGGGAAUUCUGGGAAGAGGAAGUUGAUGUUGGAACGUAUCAAGAAACAGCUGAAGGGGCUGAUCAACAGAGCAAGUGAAGCAAAUAUGCAGCCAAUCAGCUCUCAGAUAGAAGAUAUCUACAUGUCCAACAGCAGAGCAGAUGUCAAUGAGCUCCUUACAGGGUUGUUACUGGAAGCUUGUAUUGCUCCAGUACUGACACCAGAGAGACUGUGUUUGGAGCUUGCGAUGUUGGUCGCUAUUUUACAUGGAAAUGUUGGUAUAGAAGUUGGGGCGUGCUUCCUGCAGCGUGUUGUACAAGAGUUUGAUGCCAGGUUCAAGGUCAGCGGUCACAGUGAGUCCAAGGAGAUGGACAACAUUGUUGUUCUGCUGGCGUGUCUGUACAACUUCAAGAUUCUCCAGAGCUCACUGCUGUUUGACGUGGCACGGAGGUUCAUCAAGAGGUUCCAGGAGAAAGACAUCGAGCUUCUCUUGCUUCUGUUGAAGAAUGCUGGCUUCAGUUUGAGGAAGGAUGACCCGGCUGGUCUGAAGGACCUGAUCCUGGAGAUCCAGACCGCUGCCGGAUCACCAGACGCAUCCCAGGACAAGUCUCGCAUCCGCUUCAUGCUGGACAUCCUGCUGGCCAUCAAGAACAACAACAUGAGGAAGAUCCCCAACUACGACCCCGAACACCUGGAACACCUGCGCAAACUCGUCAGGAACUACAUCAAAGAUGGAGGUCUGGGCAGCAACCAGCUCAACAUUGGCCUAGAAGAUCUGCUGAAGGCCGAGGAGAAGGGAAGAUGGUGGGUGGUUGGCUCGGCCUGGAGUGGGCGUGAGAUGGAACGUACCACACAAUCCUCCACAUCAACUUUCUCAGUUUCCAACGUGAUGAACGAAGCCAGCUCACAGUUGAUGGAGCUGGCUCGCAAACAGAGGAUGAACACCGACAUCAGGAAGACGAUAUUCUGUGUCAUCAUGACCAGCGAGGAUUUCAUUGAUGCGUUUGAGAAGUUGCUGAAACUGGGUCUGAAGCACCAACAAGAAAGGGAGAUAAUCCAUGUGAUCCUGGACUGCUGUCUCCAAGAGAGGAAGUACAACGCGUUCUACGCCUUCCUUGCUCAGAAGUUCUGUGAGUUCGACAGGCGGUUCCAGAUGACGGUGCAGUUCAACCUUUGGGACAGGUAUAAGGAGAUGGGGAGUCUGUCUCAACACAAUCGGGACAACCUCGCCUCCCUGAUCUCUCACCUCCUGCUCAAGAAGGGUCUGUCUCUCUCCGUCCUCAAGGUUGUGGAGUUUGGCACCCUGGAGAAGCCGAUGGUGAGGUUCCUAAAGUCGCUGUUGAUGUCGCUCCUUACUGCGGCAGACCAGGACGAGAUGGUGGCAGUUUUCCAGAGAAUCGCACCCCUCCACAAACUCAUCCAUGUGCAGGAAGGACUCAAACUGUUUAUGCAGCACUUUCUUUUACGAGGGAAAGGGAAAGUGGAAAUUGAAGAUCUAGAGGAACUCCAAAGGCGAAUUAAACUUGCAGAGAAAACACUGAGUCUGGGACAGUCCAGCAUGUUGUUGUGAUUCUCCCUCCGAAAAGUUACUAUUAAAUAUGUUGUUUCAAAAAAUUAGUGUCAUUGUAAAUAUUGUGGUAUAUUCCG